ACCGUGUUUGUUGACACGAGUGGGCGGAAGGAAUAAGGAACUGUAGGAGUUUACUGUAGGAAAAUUGCAUUUAAUUAUAAUAUCUUCCUGCGGCUCUGAAGCAGAAUUUGUACUUCAGAAAGCGUUGUCCUUAACUCCUCCCCUAAACUACAACAGCAACGAAUGUGCUCUAGCGAUUUUUUCCCCUCCCCUUUCAUUUUGUAUUGAACAUUCACAAAUUCGAAAAGAACUUAAGAAGAAGAAUAAAAGGCAUUUUGUUGAAUAAAGUCUACAUUUCCAAGGCAGAGCCACAACCACAACCAGGCGAAUCACAAAACCAAGGAAUACCGAGGACUCGGUGACGUAGUUUUAUUUUUGAACAAUUUGAAGAGAAUAACUAGGAAGAAAAAUGCCUGGACGCAAUACAAAUUCUGCCGACAACGUGUUUAUGAUUUCACUAUGUGUGGGGCUGGCCUUGCUCAUUGUCCGUGUGUCUGGACAAUGUGGCAAUCCUCCAGAUUAUCCCAAUGUGAUAAUGACAACUCAACCGCCACCUAAUUUAGUGGAGGGAUCUACAAUCACUUAUGCAUGUCAGAUUGGGUAUGUACGGAACAGUGGAUCUACAACAAUCACCUGUACCAGUUCACAGUGGUCACAGCUGACCUUGGUGUGUGAAGGCCGAUCAUGUGGAAGUCCAGGAGAGAUAUUUAAUGGACGCUUUAAUACUGAUGAGGGUGUUCUUUUUGGAGACAAGGCUUAUGCAGUUUGUGAUGAAGGAUUCCAGAUGGCAGGCAGUGGUGUCAGAAACUGCCUUGCUACUGGUUGGGACGGUGAAAUUCCUAGAUGUGAAAUUAUUAAGUGUCCAAACCCUACAGAGAUUGUAAACGGUGAAAUCACAAACCCACCUCCGGGAACUGUCACGUUUGGCACAGUUAUUAUCUACAAGUGUAAUGAAGGGAUUCUGGUGGGUAAUAAGGAGCUUGUUUGCACCAAAUAUGGAAACUACAGUAGUGACCCUCCAGCAUGUAAAGAUCACAAAGGCUGCCCUUCUGUUCAAGUGGAAAAUGGCCGUAAGGUAGCCGGAUUUGGACCUGAUUAUAACUAUGGGGAUUUCAUUACCUUUGCUUGUAAUUCUGGGUAUAUUCUCCAUGGCACUGACACUGUUACAUGUGGAGUAAAUGAAAUUUGGGAACCUGAACUUCCGACUUGCCAAAAAGAAGUGCCUCCAACACCCUCUCCAGGGUUCAUUUAUGUUAUCGUUGGUCUACUGAUUGCUGCUGUUGCUGUUACUGUUGCAGUCGGUUUCUGGUUUUUCAAAAAUAGUAAAGGCUCAUACUACACUGCAGAAAAAUAUGAAAUGAAGUUGGCUGUUAACGAUGAGCAACAAAACAUGAAUUCUGAUUUGAGUUUAAACAGGUAUCUGAUUAUGCAUCCAUCCUUCUGUAGUGUUUCUUUUUGCUUGCAGAAUCACUCCUGUCUUUUUUUGCAAGCCUUUAGUUUGUGAGUUUUUUUUUUUUUGUUUCUAUUUGCUGUGGAAACUUUCAAAGCAGACUGAUCCAUCCAGGGAUAGUCCAUCACGAAACAAAUGUAUUUAAAGCAGUAGCAUAAAGUUAUAGUUCAAAACAAACUACUUUCCCAGACGUGUAUAAUUUGUAAAUACAAAUCAGGGCUUCUUUCAUUAACUGUUCUGCAGCAGAUAAGUCUAGCCAUGGCUCUAGAGAAAGCUGCUAAACUUACAAUGAGGGUAUAAUAUUAAACCCAUGCAAGUAAGUGCAUUUUAAUGUAUGCAGAUUCAAAAGAGAGAAAUGAAUGUUGUAUCACUGUAGGAGCCACAGCCCACAGUGUUUAUUUUAUUUGCUCAUGUACAGCAAUUCGUUUGUUUUGGGUUGAGAUCUGCUCCUAAGUUAGUGAACCUCUCAGUUUUGCUGCAGAGUAUUAUUAUUCAUACAUGUACUGAAUAACAAAACAAAAAUAGAAAUAGUGAGGACCCCAACUGGAACACAGUUUGGGGUCUAUCUUGAUCAUCUAACCAGCGUCAGAUCCAAACACUGCCAUCGUUUAAUGCAUAUAUUAAUCCUGCUUUAUUAACAUAAAAUAUAAACAUUUCCAUGUCUGAGUGUAUUUUACAGAUUUAUAUGGGUGUUUAUAUCUUCUGCUGCAAAAAUGGACCCCAAUGUGUUCUUUCCAAGCUAAGUUUCCUAUCUUAGCUUGUACUAAUACUCCUAUUAACCCUCUCAACACUACUGGUCUGCUUUGUUUGUAAUGCGUAGACAAACAGGUAUAAGAUUUAUUUUCUAGAGGCAGAUGGGUAAACCAGCAUAGGCUUGCAUAAGUCUAAUUUCAGUGAAACUGAGUAUGCAGCAUCCAUUCAAGGUUUAUUUGAAUUGCAACUUGGGUACAUUUUCCACUAGAGUAUAUAACUGGAUUGUACAUUGAAAGUGUUUUAAUGUCUGUUUUGUGUUUGUUGUGUUUUGCAGGAAAUCCUCUUCUCCUCGCACUGCUGCUGUUUAUUAAAUCAAUGCUGUUCGGCUGAAAAGGAUUCUCUCCAGUGGUGUGCAUCAAUACAGACACUGAUUUUUAUUUAUUUAUUCACUACAAAUUAAAUUGUGUGCACCUCUGUCUUUCAGCAAUAGGUAGGGGCUGAAGUUUGAAAUAAAUCGUUUAAGUAGCCCGUACAUUUGGUAGCAUCUGCAAAUGUAUAAUGGAGAUAAAUACAAAAAAAAUCCAUCCAGAUUUCUUAGUUCUUGUUAAUUGCACAUGUGAUUGACUGGUGUACUUAACUGAUGGAGUAUAUGUUUCUGCCUUUCCCCUCUGCACUGCAAUUGCGACUGUUAGUUUUUUACUGUAGGUAAGGGCUGGCUGUUUUGUGUUAAUUUUACUGUCUGGUGCCUAUGGGAAACAGAUUCUUACACGGAACACUGCUGGCCAGGCACCUGGUGAGCUCAGAGCAAGUAAACCCUCCUGUAGGGCUGCUUCUCUGUUCUUCUAAUUCUUUGUAGGCUUCUUUGCAUCUUCGCAGUUAGGCAGUCACAGAUGGAAUAAUGCGUUUCAACAAUAAACGCUUCUCGUCCCGAAAGGUUGCUGAUACCCCAAACUUUCAUUUCUUUGUCUUACUCCGUUGUGAGUCUGCUUUUGUACACUUCAGUAUCCAAAAGUCUUUUUGACUCUGUUUCGUAGGUUUGAAAGUCAUUUCUGACCUGUCCGAUAAAACCAAGAAGCGAGUCGUACGAAAUGGGAAACGAACACAGAUCUAUUUGUACUUGUUGAAGUGCUUUACUAGUAGCUUUGAGUCUUUUGAAGAAUAAAAUCUCACACAACAGGCAUAACUGCUGUUUCCAGACUGGCCAUCGCAGCUCUUAAUUGGCAGGCUUCAUGUUAAGAUGCUCUUGUGUUGUCAUUGUCAACAAAUAUUUCAGUCAAAGCAUCCUGAAUGGCUUUGUAGCCCAAUCGUGAAGCCUUCGUUGCAUCAGCUCUUGCAGACCAUCUAGUUGUAGGCAGACUUUUCAGAGCGAGACAUUCAUUACACGUUUCAAGCUGUGAUCUAAGAAUCUUCCAGCGACGGGUUGAAGCAGAGAAAAAGUUGUGAAGACUUUGAAUAAAGCCAAAAAAUGAAACUGCCGUCAAGCAGCAUUCCGCAGCACACGAACCAACCAAACUCCGCGAAUGCGCAGAACACAGAACAUAAUCAGCAAGAGGGUUUUAAUUUUUAAUUCUUGCAUGAAGUCCUGAAUGUUUCCCAGACAUGUUGCUAGCAUUGUCAUAGCUCUGACCGCGACAGUCCUCGAUACCAAUGUCAGAUUCUUGCAGCAACGAUGUGACGUUUCUCUCCAGGUGUUCAGCAGUAUGGCCAUGAAUAGGUAUACAUCUCAAUAAACGAUCGAUAGGUUUGCUGUUCUGUUGCACGUACCCGAUUAUCAAGGUAAGCUGGUCGAUGUGAGCUAAAUCAGGAGUAGAAUCCACAAUAAUAGAAUAAUACUUGCAACUUUUUAAUUUUGUUGACAAUGGAACUGAGAACUUUAUCAGACAUCAACUGUGUGAAUUCGUCACAAAUUGUAGAAGACAAGUAAUUAGGAAUUCCUUUGCCAGCGUUUCCAUGUUUUGCGAGAUGCUCUGACAGAAGCGGCUCAAAGCGACCGAUUAAUUCUAGGCAUCCCAAAAAGUUACACGGAAAGGAAGACCCUGUGCAGCUAGAAACUGUACAGUAUAAGUAGCGCCAGUAUGUUCGCUCCACAUUUAACUGAUUACGUGCAUUAAUAUCUAUGCGUGAAGCGAGACGAAACACAGCAGUGCGAUGGUCUGUUGAGUUUUCAUGUUCGCAUAAGCGACUGCUGCAAUUUUUUUACUCAUUGAAUCCUGAUUUGACAGAAGAAUCUUUCUUUGAAAACAAUUUGCAUACAACAAUAUACAAGUCCAGUAGAAGGAGAGUAUACUAACCAUUCUCUCGAUUAGUACUUCACCAUUUUGUUUUCUACGAUAAAAUUGUUCCUUCGCCAGGCACCGGUUUGUUGUUCCAUACCUGCGCAUCAAAGCAGAGAAAUUGCAGAUGUUUUGGCUUGGCUGCGUUAAUGAAAAAUAGUCCUGCAGUUUUUCAUCGAUUUUGAUAUUCACGCGGCAGGAUCAUCCGAGUAGGUGGCUAUGGCUCUAUCUGGACUGUAAAGUUGCUCAGCUUCAGUUUGUUGGUCAAGUGAGACCUCCGGUAGUUCAGCUGGCAGAGAAUCCUUAACUGCCGGGGUUGAGGUUUUCGGCGGUUCAGGGCUUUCUGCAUUUGACAAGUAAGAAGACGAUGGUGCUGAAUUUCCAAUUUGCAGAAAACGUUCUAAUGCCCCCUUUGCCAUCUGGACUUCUCUUCUUCCUGUUUCUUUUUUUUUUUGUGCUUUGCUGCCCCCGAAAGAUAUAUCGUUUGCUAUAUUAUUAUUAUUAUUAUUAUUAUUAUUAUUAUUAUUAUUAUUAUUAUUAUUAUUAGUCACACGCACACUGUCAAAAAAACAGAGUCGUCAGAACUUCCUUCUGUCUCCUCUCUGCAUCUGUGCACUUUACAAGCAAGUACCGGGUCAGUCCAACUUGAUUUAAAAAUAUAGAACCUGAACAUUGUGCCUCAGUUCGAACGUCAGUUAUUCCACUUUAGACAUAAUUAUCUCUAUGUGCUUUUUAAAAAAAAAACAAAAAAAAAAAACCUUGCACCUGAUCACUACCCCCCCCCCCCCCCCGAGUUUGGGCCCUAGGCAGUUACCUAACCUGCCGUUAAUCCGGCCCUGGCUGUGGUGAGGGGAAAAGCGAUUGGGCAUUCCAAAUUGGGAGAAAAUCAGGGGUAGAAUAAUAAUUGGACACACUGUAGGAAAUGUUUUGUAGCUUUGCGCUUCAACAACUGUGAUUAGUAAUGCUACUAGAACAUGUGCAUGCAGCAGAUCUACAUCUGCACAGACAUGAUUUGCUUAAUAAGCUCAGUAGCUCUGUAUUUAAUUUUAUAUGCCAACACUGGCAAUAAUUUAUUAUUAUUUUUAGUGUGGAGUGUCAAGACUAAAACUGUUCAGGUUACGAGCAUCUCUAUCACAUUGAUUUAAAAAAAAAAAAGAGAUUUUUUACUUAGACUUGAUCAUCCACAGCACACCUACCAAAGAUUUAAUUGGAGUGUUGUUUUUUUUAAUGCUUUUCCCUCGACACCGAAGACCCUUUAUAGAAAACUAGCUACUUAUCAGGGAACUGAAAUCCUUUAAUUUAUUUAUGUUUGUUGUUCUGUUAGUGCUGACAGUAGAUGGACUGUUUUAGAAACCAUUAAAAAGCUAGGGGGUGUCUAUUUGCUGUAAAUUAUCGAAACAGCGGUAUAUCCUAAUUCUGCCGUACCUUCUCUUUAUUAAUCCUGCUGAUGCGUUCCCCUAAGGGGUGAUCUGUUAACCCUCAAAUCACAAGAGAGACCCACAAGGUUCAUGUAGUGAAAUCAAGAUCAUUUUAAGCCUGUUGGUUUACAGGCAGGCAAACAUAGGCUAUUUACCACUGUACUUGCAUUACGGUUGGUAUAAACAGUCUGUGUAAGAUAAACAUUAAUAAAAAAUAAAACAAAUGUGAUGAUACACCAUUUAAUCAGAACUGUGAACAUGUCUGUUUCUCACCAGUGAUAACCCAAUAUUAAACUGUUACGUUGGCACUUUCUCAGUAUGAGGGAAUAUAAUGGGUCUGUGUUAAUAUUUAUAUAAAUAUAAGAUUGUGCAAGUCAGAGAUUGUUUGUAAGCCUGUGAACUGGAAAUUUUAGAUUUACAAAAAAAAAAAAAAAAAAAAAAAAAAGCCUUAAAUGUGUUUUAAAAUGUUAGUAUGCAAGAUAAUUUGUAAUCUCUAAUCCACAAUAAGGGUUAGUGCACUAAAUUCUAGCUGGGUUCUGUUGAAUUUCUGCAUUUCCAUUCUGUAGGUAACAGGACGCAAUGUUGCAGAAUAAUGUGCAUGGAAGAAGCUUUACUGUCUCAGUUUGGUGGAACACUUCAUAUUGGUGUUGCUCUUCCAUGUGUAAGACUUUCACGCAUAGCUUGUAUUUAACAAAAACAUCUUUGUGUCCAUAUUAUGGGCCUGAUUUAUUCAAACCUUUGUAAUUUACAGGAAAUAGCUUAAUUACACCGAGCAAAACUGUGUUACGUUGAAAUGCAACAGCAAAUCUGUGCUUCAGUAAUUUGCUAGAAGUGCUUAAAUGUACUUUAAAAUACACUUACAAAGUUUUAAAAAUCAGGCCCAAAAGUCGCAGACACACAAAAAAUGUUUUCUGCUUGUUUUGCAAAAAGUUGUGGUAGCAAAAUAUGUGAAUGUUUCAGUGACCAGGUUCUUACAGAAUUCAACGUUGAUAAAAAAAAAAAAAAGUGGAGUCCCGAGCCACAAGUUUUGAUAUGGAAAGAAGCGAGGAGUUUAUUUACUAACUUCAUAGCUAUAUAUUAUUUAAAUGUGUUGUAUACAUUCUUGGAGUUGUAUAGGAACACUAUUCUUGAAAGAUUGUGAAAAGAGUUUUUCAAUUUGAAUUGUAUUCUUGUUGGCUCAAUAUCCAAUAUCCCUGUACAUCACAUGCCAACCUAAUGCACUGUGCCGUAAUUCAUAUCAAACAAACAGAUCAAGUGUGCCUCAUUCUGUUUGUGAACGGGGGGAGGGAGGAAGGGUGGAAGGGUACAACCACUGGCUAAGGGCAUUUGAAAUCUCCACUAAGGGAUCUUGGAUAUUUAGCCUUUCACUGAAUUUUUCACUGAAUUGUCACUUUGCUUUUGUGGAAUCUUUGUAUUUAUUUUUCUCUGUACUGCUUUAAUAAAAUUCUUUAAAAAAAAAUAUAUAUAUAUAUAUCAAAUGAGUUAUAGUGGGUCAAUAUGUGACAUAUGAUCCUUGAGUUUUUGUCCUGACCAAUGACAGGUGGCAUUGAAAUCUACUGUGAUGUUGUUUGCUGUGUUAGCAAUGGAAUUGAGCCCAACCCUAGCUUUAAGUGGUAUGCUGGCACAGAGACAGUGGAAAGUUUAAAAAAAAAAAAAUCUCUUCCAGCUGCCAGAAAGUGCAUAAAAACAAUGAGAAAGGCGUCGGUAAACACAGCCGCUCCACUCCUCUAGUCCUCUAGUGCCGAAGGAUUUAGACAUGCUUAAUAAGGCAUUUCUAAAAUAUGAUAAAGAUGUUACAGGUAAAUGUGCCCACCUUUAGUUAGCUGUAAUCAAGUUUUACUGUUACUUUCUCUUAACAAUGUGCUUUCUGAAAUCCAACCUGCCAUGAAUCCUGUGAAAGCAGGGUGUAUGGAGUACAGGUGCGUAGCAGGGCUAAGCUGAAUACGACUAGAAAAUGGAAGAAAUUAUCAGUGCUGUGGCAAGACUCCCAUCCAGUGGAUCUUUUAAGGCACUGCAUUGUGAAGAUAUGGGUAGAAAACUAACUCGCUGGUCUUGACCUGCUUCCAGCAGUUAUCCACAUUCCAUUUCUACUUUAAUUGUGAUUUUAGUUUUUUGUAAUUCUAAUGUAUCCGUUAAUCUUGCUCUACCUCGUAUUUUCAUGGUUACUCUCAAUUGUGGACUGAAACCAGCUGUUUGGUUUCCUGGCUUUUCUUUUUCAUUUUUAAUUCAGAUUAAACUGAAUUUCCCUCACACUGCUUUGAAUCCCAUUCUGUGCUAGAGGUAGUGAGUUGGACCUCCCCUGAUACCCAUAGGAAACUUGGUUGGUAAAACAGUUAGUGACUGGGAAAUGAACCCAAGUGCUUAACAUAGAUAAUGUUAAUCAGGGUCCCCUGCUGCUCAGCUGUAGUAGAAGCACACUUCUGUCCAGGAUCAAUGACGGUCCUCAAGUCAUGUUAUACCAGCAUUACGAAACCUUUCAAGACAUUAUACAAAUGCAUAAAAAACUUUCCC